GCGUGAGAGUGGAGGAGGAGGACAGCGCGCGCUCCUUCACGGUGAACAGCGCGUGGCGAUGUGACAGGAAACAAAACGCACGCACGCGCACACACCUCAGGAUUAAAAGCGCACCGACGGGACGUGACGUUGAGGUCUGUUUGCUUUGUUUGUCCUGCGCGUGCGGGGUUAACGCAGUGCCCGUGACUCACGCGCUGCUCCUCGGGAACGGCUUGUUGCUUGGUGAUGAGUUCAGCGAUGGAGAGUCGGGUCGCGCGCCGCUGUAAGAUCGUAGUGGUGGGAGACUCGCGCUGCGGGAAAACCGCGCUGCUGCACGUGUUCGCCAAGGACUCCUAUCCAGAUAGCUACGUGCCGACUGUAUUCGAGAACUACACAGCGAGCUUUGAGAUCGACAAGCGCCGCAUCGAGCUCAACAUGUGGGACACGUCAGGCUCACCGUACUAUGACAACGUACGGCCAUUGGCUUAUCCGGACUCGGAUGCUGUUCUCAUCUGCUUCGACAUCAGCAGACCAGAGACACUGGACAAUGUGUUAAAGAAGUGGCAGGGUGAGACACAGGAGUAUUGUCCCAAUGCAAAGGUUGUGUUAGUGGGCUGUAAGCUGGACAUGAGGACGGACCUGAACACACUGCGAGAGCUGUCCAAACUCAGACUGAUCCCUGUCACACACGAACAGGGCAGUUCUCUGGCGCGGCAGAUCGGCGCCGUAGCUUACGCAGAGUGCACGUCCAAAAACUCAGAGGACAGUGUGCGGGACGUUUUACACAUCGCCACGGUAACCUCCGUCGGUAACACCCAGCGACUGAAGCGCACCGGAUCACGGCGAGGCCUCAAACGCGCGUCCCAGAAUCCUCAGCACUCCGAGAUCCUGGAGCGACGCAAAGACCGAGCAAAGAGCUGCACGCUGAUGUAGGGGUCGUGACCCCAUGACCUCUUGGUCUACAACAAGAACUCGCUUUAUAUUUAGUUUGAUUUUUUUUUUUUUGAGCAUUAAUUUUGAUAUUGAUAGUCAGGGUGUAAGUUACAGACGCUCGAGAGCAGAUGUAUUUAUUGACUUUAUUUUUUUAGCACUGGAUUCGGUAAUGAAACCACAACUUUUUUUAAACGUGUGUGUACAUAUAAUUACUUUCUUUUUUUUCUUUUUGGAAGCCUUGAUGUAUUACUAUUACUUCAAUAUAUUUAUUAACGUCUGUGUUAUUUUGGCUUUUUUUUUUUUUGAGAAGGAGGUUGAUACUAAAAGGACUAAGAAAGUGUAUAAAUAUUUUUGUGUUGACUCGGGACGGCCGUGCUGAUGCAGGGGGACAGACUUUACUGAUUUAUUACAUUUUUAUUGUUAAUUUAGUUUCUUGUUUGUUUGGGUUUUUUUACAUCUUUUUGCUGAUGAGCUUGAGACUCGAAGGAGAAGAAAUUUCGACAUCUCAAAAGCCCAGAGUAAAUCUCCAGAUUAAACUGUUGGACAAAAAUAACAAAAACUGAGAUUUAAUGGACUUUUAUGUUCAUGCUUCAUGUCACUUUGGCAGCUUCCUGCAUGCUGAUGUGUGAAUCUACACAAAGUUUAAUUCCUGUUUUUGUUGUUUGGUUUGUUACUCAGUGAUCUGAUCAUGUAGGGGCUCAAGACGCACUUUAUUUUUUAUUAUUCCUCUUUAUAUCACUGUAUUACAGUUGGGUUUUUCACUGUUGGAGACAGACACAUGGGCAGGACAAUUGGAAAUACACUGGCCACUUUAAUAGGAACUCGUUCUCGAUUCUUCCUGUUCUUGGCUACAGGAGUGGAACCUAGUGUUCUUCUGCUGUUGCACGCUGAGAUGCUUUUCUGCUCACCACGGUUGUAAAGAGUGAUUAUAUGAAUUACUAUAUCCUUCCUGGCAAAAAAGCUCAAACCAAUCUGGCCAUUUUCCUCUGAGCUCUCUUAUCAACAAGCCCUUUGUUUCCACCCACAGAACUGUCGCUCACUCACUCAGUGUUGUUUUUUGUUUUUCGCACCAUUCUGUGUAAACUCUACAGACUGUUGUGUGUGAAAACCCCAGGAGAUCAGCAGUUUCUGAAAUACUCAAACCAGUCCAUCUGACACUAACACCCAUGCCACAGUGAAAGUCGCACUUUGAGAUCCCAGUUUUUCCCAUUCUGAUGUUUGAAGUGAACAUUAACUGAAGCUCUUGAUUUGUAUCUGCAUGAUUUUAUGCAUCAAGGUAUUGGCUGAUUAGAUAACUGUAUAAAACAGCAGGUGGGUGGGUGUUCCUAAUAAAGUGGGCAGUAAGUGUAUUUUAUAGGUUAUAUAAAAAUAAGGAAAUAUACGUUGGAACCAUUUCUUUUUAUUUUGGUUAAAUUGUUUUGGGGAAGUUCAAAAAAAUAUAUUUAGUGAAUGUUUUUUUAACCUCCAUGCAAGUGUAAAAGAAAUACCGUAUUAUAAUAAAGAAACAAUACAAAACGUCAAGGAAAAUCUAGAAAAGGAAGCUGGUCUGUGACAUCAUUUCCUGUUUUCCUGCUGAAAAGACUUUAUUUAGGACUAAAGAGAUGAAAAGGAAUCAUUUUUGUUUGACAGAAACACCUGAGAUUUGCUGUCGCGAGGUUGUUACAGAUGGUAAAGAUGCAAGCGUUCAUAUGGAAUCUCUCACACACGAUUGGACAAUAGGAAACUGGUGGUCUGUGAUGCAACUUCCUCUUUUGUAAACGUCUCCACACCUUGAUUUGAUUAAGGAUGUACAGUAUUCCAGGACUGUAGCACAAAAGUCUCAUUUUCUUUAACCAAAAUAAACUCGUUCACAUUUUGAAGGUGUGCAAAAAGCAGGAGUUUGUGUUUGAUGAUUGUCAGUGCUGUGAUGUCAUUUCCUGUCUGAAGAAACCCUUUGUACUGAAAUGACUGAUCAUGACACAAAAUGAACACACACACACACAAAUGUAGUACGAAACUACAUUUUAACAGAACUGAAGGUUUGCCUCUGGAUGUUGUGAAAUUUCAAUCAACAAAUAAAUAAAUAAAACAAUGAGCGCGCAGGAUGAACACAGCAUGAGUGUUUAACACUGCAGCUUCAAACAAUUCUCAUAAUUUAUCAUUGUGUGACUGAAAUAAAAUUGUUGUUGCGCA